CGCAUCAGCAGCCAGCGUGCAGCGACCCUAUCACUCCAAUAGACACGGUGCGACAACUGCUUGCGGUCACUAUUAGAUAUUGUAUUUGGCCUCCACUAUGGAUACCGACAACGAAGAAGUUACAAUGAAAGAAUCCAAAAGACGACAACGCCAGUCGGGUUCAAGCAGACAUGGUUUACAUGAUAUUGAAGCUUUGGAGAAUGCAGACUCUGACAUUGGCUUGUGUGGCUGGCUGCUGGUCGGUCUCUCCAUUCUUCUCAUGCUGGUUACUCUGCCCAUCUCCAUAUGGAUGUGCAUUAAGAUUGUGAAGGAGUACGAGCGAGCCAUUAUCUUUCGCCUGGGGCGUAUUUUGCGAGGAGGAGCCAAAGGUCCAGGGCUGUUCUUCAUCUUGCCGUGCACUGACAGCUUUAUUAAUGUGGACAUGCGCACCAUCACCUUCGACAUCCCACCGCAAGAGGUUUUGACCAAAGACUCCGUGACAGUCAGUGUUGAUGGUGUGGUGUACUACCGGGUCCAGAAUGCCACUCUGGCUGUGGCUAACAUCACUAACGCAGAUGCUGCCACCCGGCUGUUGGCCCAGACCACCCUGAGGAACGUCCUGGGUACCAAGAACCUGUCAGAGAUCCUGUCCGACCGCGAAGAAAUUGCACACAGUAUGCAGUCCACUCUGGACGUCGCCACAGAUGACUGGGGCAUCAAGGUGGAGCGGGUUGAGAUCAAAGACGUCAAGCUGCCCCUUCAGCUCCAGAGAGCCAUGGCUGCUGAGGCUGAGGCCAGCCGCGAGGCCAGAGCCAAGGUGAUCGCAGCUGAGGGAGAGAUGAACGCGUCGCGGGCCCUGAAGGAGGCCUCCCUGGUGAUUGCAGAGUCUCCGUCAGCCCUGCAGCUGCGUUACCUUCAGACCCUCAACACCAUCGCCGCCGAGAAGAACUCCACCAUCAUUUUCCCGCUGCCGCUGGAGAUGAUGCAGGGGUUCAUCAAACGCUGAGGGGAGGGGGGAGUCUCAAAACACAUAGUCCACACAACCUGCAUCACUUACACUCACACACAUUCAUAAUCUAAAAAAAAGAAAACUCCAACAACUAACUAAUCAUUUUCUAACAACUGGAUCUUUGGUUACUUCAUUCCAAAUUGCCGUUUGGUUGUAAAAAUAUUCUUUAAGAUUAAUCAGACAGCUUAAGUAGACACACGGUUGCGUUGCUGUCUUUUUGGCCGAACAGCCAAUCAGAACAGCACUGUCAUCUGCUGCCUAUACAGCAUGCUCAGUCAGUGAAACAGCUGUAGAGGAGGGUCAGCUAGAGCCCAAAGCAAAAACUGCAGCAGGCAGCUUGGUGUGUCCGCCAAGAACUGACCACUGACUGAAUUCAUUUUGGUAAAGUGAGAACAGCUGCAGUGCAGCAGGUGGUUUAGCUUUAAUCCUGCAGUUUUAUUUAUUUACAUUUCUAUAUGCUACAAAUGUAGACAGCAGGCAGGGUUCUCGGACUGUCAAAAAGAAUAGAAGUAGAAGCCCAAACCACGUCAUCUGUUUUACAGACAUUUUAAAGGACAGUGCCUGCUGGAUAUGUGGCCUUACAGUUGUGUGUGCGCGCGCACACACACACACACACACACAGAUAAAUAAAUAAAUACUUAUUGGAUAUCUAAUAUUGUGGUGCUAUUGCAACCACUGCCAGCAUCAUAGUGCUGCGAUCAAGUUGUACCUAAAAUUAUGAUAACUUUAGACGUUAGCUGUGCCAUUGCAUGUUUUCACAGAAUUUUUGGUCAGAACUCAUUCCAACCUCAGCAUUAAACUUAAAUUGUAAACUUGAUGGUUCAUAUACCACGACAUACAGUAUAUGUUCUACUGUACUUAACCUGCUCCACUCUGGUUCUUCACCUUCAUCGGAAGAGAGUAAGAAAGAAACGCAAGCAAUUUACUGAAAUUGCCAUAUAUUUUAGUGAUGGGAGUCUCUAGGCACCUGACGAUUCAAUUCCGAUGGAUUGGAGGGCUACAAAUCCAUGAUUAAAUGGUUAUCAAUGCUUCUUGAUACAUCAAAAUA